CCACAACCAACGGAAAGCUCAGACGCUUUUUUGUCUGUCGUUGUUUGUCAUCAUGUCUGGUCGCGGUAAAGGAGGCAAAGGGCUGGGUAAGGGGGGUGCCAAGCGGCACAGGAAGGUUCUUCGGGACAACAUCCAGGGCAUCACUAAGCCUGCUAUUCGCCGUCUGGCUCGGCGCGGCGGCGUCAAGCGUAUCUCGGGGCUCAUCUACGAGGAGACCCGCGGCGUGCUGAAGGUUUUCCUGGAGAACGUAAUCCGGGACGCCGUCACCUACACAGAACACGCUAAGAGGAAGACUGUCACCGCCAUGGAUGUGGUCUACGCCCUCAAGCGCCAGGGCAGAACCCUUUACGGAUUCGGCGGCUAAACUCUCCAAACUCGCCAAACUUAACUUAAAAGGCCCUUUUCAGGGCCCCUCACUUUUUCACCUAAAGAGCUGAGAUGGGGCUAUGGCAUUAAAAGGUUUUGCUGGGCUUACCUUAA